AUGCCGGGCAUGUUCGUCGUGGACAGGGAAUGGCUGGCAAGCCACUUUGAAGGUUCUACUGUCAGCGAGACUUGGAGGGAUGACAUCUUCGAACGCUCACUUGUUCCGCUGCUCACAACUGCUGAAAUACAUGCCGACAAUGACGUGUAUGAGGACCCUGCAUUCAAAGAUGCAUUUGAGACCAUACCGAACAGAUGCUCCGACACAGCGCUGGCACUCUACAUGUCCCUGAAAGGAUUCCACGAGAAUCUCAGCAAAACUACUGUCAAGAGCAUCCGUUCGGCAUUCAAGAAGAUGUGGGAGUUAUUAGAUGGUGACACCUAUCGCGGCAAAUGGCACUUCAACGAGGCGAAACAGCAUUGGGAAGGAAACCCCGCCUGA